UUGAUGCUGGGUGGUUUCCUGUGAACGCUCCUGUAUUUACAACCAAAUUAGCUGAAGCAUUUCCGCGGACGUUUUCCUCGCGCUACGUGAAGCCACAGCGAAAAGCCAGUCGCAUGAUGCCCGUUCGACAGUAGCGCAGUUUCUUCGCUCGCGUCGCCACUUGUUUCGUGUGUGUUUUUUUCUGGAGGAAACCCCCAACAAUGCUGUGGGCUGACGGCCGCGCGCCGUGUGCACUGCAGUGGUGCGCAGCUUCGCCUGGAGAAACACCUGUGCGCCGUCAAUGUUGACUCGGGAAGAGACUCUCCCGUCUGCUGCCGCUCAGAGGAAGCGAGAGAGCGAGAGGCACUAGGCGCCGCACGGCUCGGGGCUGUCGUGAGGAGGAGAGGUGCUGAAAUGUUGGGCCUGGAGAGCAGCCGAUCCAAUCGGGCCGGGCUGUGAGAGGCGCUCCACACUCACCUGGCCGACCCGCUGCGCUUCUGUCCGGAAACAGAAAGAAAAAAAACUUUGAUUGGCCCCUUCUGUGUGAGGCUGAGAUGGAGUGGUCGCUGGAGAGCGUGAGGGAGAUGGUGGCGGGGGGGAUGCAGUCGAUAAGAGAGUGUGAAGUUUGUGCGUUCGCCACAGCCAUGUGCGUGCUGCUGCUCUUCAUGUGGUACUGCUACCGGGUGGGUCGAGAGCACGGCUCCAGCCCUCUGAGAGGGAGGUAUCUGAGCGGGCCUGGCAGGAUCGGAGGGGUGGUGGGGGGCUUCAUGGGCUCCGACUGCAAAGGCCGUAGUAAAAGCAAGAACGGAUCAAUGCUGGAGGAGCAGAACGGCUUCGCCUUCUGUCAGUCGUCCGAGUGCUUCCGCUGCACCAGCGCCGGCGAGAGUCUGAACCAGAGACUGUACCACAGCCUGCAGGACUACGCCAAGCGCUACACCUGGUCAGGCAUGGGCCGCGUCCACAAAGGCGUGCGAGACCAAGGACGCUAUCUCAACAGCCGUCCCACCAUCCAGAGACCUGAGGUCUUCUUCCUCCCGGACCUGCCCUCAGCCCCGUUCUUCUCCAGAGAAGUUCAGCGACACGACGUGGAGCUGCUGGAGCAGAGCUUCCCCGCCCUGCUGGCGGAGUUCGAGAGCAUCUACCACCCUCCUCCGACCCGCGCUGGCUCCUCCCUCCCUCCGGGGUGGAAGGUCAACAGCACCCCUUGUGGUCAGUGGUGGACCUACUACCUUGUCAAUCAAGGCACGCCUCUGGUUCUCAACGUGAGGAGGUGCCCUCGCGCCUGGAGGGUCCUGGGCCAGCUGCGCACCUUCAUCGCCAACAACGUGUUUGGAAACGCCUGCUUCUCCGUGCUGACACCGGGCGCGCUCAUCACCGAGCAUUAUGGGCCGACCAAUGUGAGGCUGCGCUGCCACCUGGGUCUCAGAGUUCCCUCCUCGUGUGAGCUCGUGGUUGGAGGAGAACCUCAGUGCUGGUCUGAGGGCAGUUGCCUGCUCUUCGAUGACUCCUUCCUUCACAGGGCCUUCCAUGAGGGUGGGGCGGAGGAGGGGCCCAGGGUGGUCUUUAUGGUGGACCUUUGGCACCCCAACGUGGCCGCAGCAGAGAGACAAGCUUUGGACUACAUUUUCACUCCUGGCCGCCUGGAAGACAAAGAGGGCAAAUAGGGGCAGGAAGGAAGGAAAGCGAGCGGUGGGAGUCGGAGCGGAUCUCUCCUCCGCCUCCUCUUCUCCGCCUUGUAUUCCCACUGUGUGCAUAAUCUGUGACAUAACUCGUCUGACACUGGGCCUCUUUUAUGAAUGACGGUUACAUCCUCAUGGGACGUUCACUUCCACCCGAUGUAUUUCCUCUGUUUUCAACAGUUGGUGGAUUUUCAUUGGUCCCUAACGUCAUCAAAGCUACUGAGUCACUGUGGUUACCUUCAGAUUAAUGCAGCUACAUGUAGCUUCCAGUGAGUCUCAGUCGUGUGCUUUCCAGCAGGCUUUUCCAGGAUAGCUAGUCGCGUUACUUUCCUCCGUGUGUGGUGUGUGAUAAGAGAGGUCCACUGUCAGUAGUAACAUGAAUGUUUACAGUCUUGACUCCGCUGGUGUGCUAGUUCUCUGUGCUCCUAGUUGAAAGUCCUAAGCAGACUUGGUUAGAGAAGCACAUUUUUAAAAGCGACUGUUGCCCUGUGCUGUAACCGUGGGAAGGUUUGUCUUUGGUACGUUUACUAGACUCCCGUCCUUUGGUCGUAUUUGAUAACAGGUUUGUAUCUCUGUAAAUAUGGUGGUAGGGUUUAACGCGAACAGUGUUCGACAUGAUUGUCUUCAAUGCUCUAACUAUUGUGUUGUCUUGAUUUACAGGUACAGUGAUUGCAUUUCAUUCUCUGGUUCAGUGAGACACAAGGCCUUGAUUCUGAGGAACGAUUGCCACUACUGAUGUUUGUGGUCGUUGUGUGUCGCAGCGCCUAGUGAGAUACGCCAGGUCCCGCCUGAGUGGAAGAGCGGAGACUGUGGCCUGCUUUCUGGUCCUUUUUGCUUUCAAACAAGUGACCCACGCAUAGAACACAACCUUAACUAUAUGUCUAUUUAAUCCUGAUGUUUACAGAAUCCAAUCAUUUCCUAUGUGUUUACAUGAAGAAAGCGCUGGCUCUCACAUUGAGAUGUCCAUGAUUAGGUUUGCUGUAGAACGUGAUGAAAACAAUCAAUAACAAAAGCCUUCGCUUCACUGACAGACAUGACAUGUCAUUAUGUUUACAUUUGGAAUGAGGACUUGGUCCUUCUGUGCAUUAUAAUGUGGAUAUUCAACAUAUUUUCUGUACAUUUAAUAAAUGGUUGCCUACG